AAUUUUGUAGCCCUUUUCUUCUUCUCUAAAACUCUUUUCAGGGUUCAUGAAAUGAGAGAAGUAUGGAAUCCUUCACUAGUUCUUCACUCACAGAUAAUCUUCAAUCGCUCUUUCUCUAAUCUUCGUACUCUCUCCACCAUCAGAUCAUCACCACCACCACCACCAAACCAGCUGAAAUCCUCCUCCACCAACACCACCACUAACAAGUAUUGGAACAGAUUCUAUAAAAUCCACAACAACAAGUUCUUCAAGGACCGGCAUUACUUGGAGAAGGAUUGGGCACAUUACUUCUCAUCUGAUAAUAACACUGAUUCCCCAAUUUCACCAUCCAAAGUUGUGUUAGAGGUUGGUUGUGGAGCUGGGAAUAGUUUGUUCCCAUUGAUAUCAGCAUUUCCUAAUAUUUUUGUUCAUGCUAGUGAUUUCUCAGCCAAUGCUAUUUCACUCGUUAAGGUACAUGGAGAUUUUAAAGAAGAGAGGAUUAAUGCAUUUGUUAGUGAUGUCACCAAGGACGACCUUUGUGAAAAAAUUAGUCCUAAUUCGGUUGAUAUCGUUACCUUGAUAUUUGCAUUGUCUGCAGUUUCUCCAGACAAAAUGCCCUUGGUAUUGCAGAACAUAAAGAAAGUGCUUAAGCCAAAUGGUUAUGUUCUUCUGCGAGAUUAUGCCACUGGUGACUUUGCGCAGGAGCAGCUCACACUGAGAAACCAGAUGAUAAGUGAGAGUUUUUACGUCCGUGGAGAUGGUACUUGUGCAUACUAUUUUUCUGAAGAUUUCUUGUCGAGAUUGUUUGAAAAAGAUGGUUUUGAUCCUGUUGAAAUCAAUGUAUACUGCAAGCAAAUAGAGAACCGCUCUAAGAAUAUCACCAUGGAUCGGCGUUGGGUACGUGCUGUAUUCUGCAAACAAGAUCCCUGUAAAGAUCUUCCUUUGUUCAUGACUGAAGCUAGAUGAUGAUAAGGUUAUUCAUUGACCAAAAAGAUAAACCUUCUAAUCCCUUAGCUUGCUUCUCAUAAUUAGGAUUAAGGACAUAGUGAAGAGGCUACACCGCUACAGCAUAACUGUUCAUGUUUGACAUUCGAGGUAAAGGAAGUUACUCCUUUUUCAAAUUUUCCAUUUUCUAGAAUUCUAGUCUUAGAUCCAAUAUUAGAGACCUUUGAAAUUACGGAUAAGCCUGAAAUUGUUAUCUGGGGUUCAACUUCUAGUUUUAGGCUAGAAACUAGAAUUCUAGUCCAACUUAGACAGAUCGAAGACAAUAUAAUUCAUGUUUAGAAACAUGGAUAUGGCUCACAAGUUACUAGAACAAAGAUGAUGAACCAAAAGAGAAAAUAAAGAAUUAGCUUAAAAAGAAAGACAGACUUUGAGAUUUU